AUGGGUGAGGCAUUCCUCGUCAUCCUCGUCUCCCAACCGGCAACACUUCUGCUUUGUGCAACUUUGGUUUGGAUUAGAUAUUGUUUCUGUUUGUUUAGUAAGGGUGGACCGCCAGGAAAUGUCUUUGUGGUAAGCCUGGCCUUUGCUGACUUGGUGGUUGCAUUCUACCCCUACCCUCUGGUGUUGUAUACUAUCUUUAAUGAUGGCUGGUCACUGGGUGACAUCCAAUGCAAGGUGAGUGGCUUCCUGAUGGGCUUUAGCGUAAUUGGCUCCAUUUUCAACAUAACAGGCAUUGCCAUCAACCGCUACUGUUACAUCUGUCACAGCUUCAGCUACAACAAGCUGUACAGCUACCGCAACACGCUGCUGCUGGUUGCACUCAUCUGGCUGCUGACGGUCAUAGCCAUCCUGCCCAACUUUUUUGUUGGCUCGCUGCAGUACGACCCACGCAUCUACUCAUGCACAUAUGCACAGACUGUCAGCACACCCUACACCAUCACAGUUGUGGUCAUUCAUUUCUUUGUGCCCAUUUCUGUGGUCACCUUCUGCUACCUGCGUAUCUGGAUCAUGGUCAUCCAGGUGAGGCGGAAGGUAAAGUCAGAGGUACGCCCACGCAUCAAGCCCAGUGACCUGAGGAACUUUAUCACAAUGUUUGUGGUGUUUGUGCUAUUUGCUAUUUGUUGGGCACCACUCAACUUCAUUGGGCUUGCUGUUGCUAUCAACCCUGAAGCAGUGGCUCCUCACAUUCCCGAGUGGCUCUUUGUGGUCAGCUACUUCAUGGCUUACUUCAACAGUUGCCUUAAUGCCAUCGUCUAUGGUCUGCUGAACCAGAACUUUCGUAGGGAGUACAAGCGGAUCGUCAUGUCUGUAUGGAUGCCACACCUUUUCUUUCAGGAGACAUCCCGGGGCAUGAAGAGCAAACCCUCGCCAGGACUCAAUAACAAUGAGCAAGUAAAAGGAGAAACUCUGUGACAAUGUUUUCCUACUCUUUUAUCUCAUCAUCACUCCUCUUCUGUGUAUACUUGUGGAGUGUCAUUGAUCAGACUUUAAUCUCUACUGUGCCAAAGCAAUAGUCUUAAAAAAUACAGUGACCAACACUGAC